GGUCCCGGGAGUAGUUGUCGAACAAGUACUCUCUAGGAAAUAAAAACAAAAUUCCUUCACUUUUCUAUCCCUCGUCACUCUCUGUGUAUAUAUAUAUAUAUAUAUAUAAAGUAUUUUCAUAAUUUUGAGGAAAUUUUUUUUUUCAUAUUUGUGGAAUCCAUUAUUUUGAUUAAAUAUUUAUUUUUUUUUUUUUUUGGGUAAAAAAAAAAUAUUAUAACGAAAUAGUUUAACGAACCGCAGUGCAGAUGUUCACAAACCAAAAGCCGGAUAUUUGGAGAAAAAGAGAUUCGACACAUUUAUAAAGGAGAAAAAAGAAAAAGAGAAAGAAUCUUUUUAUACGAAUCGAAAUAGAAAGUGAGAGAGAAAGUCUAUUGAGAAUUUGACUUUGAAGCUUUAUUCCAAUGCCUCCGUCCUGAAGAGAUAGUGUGUGCUUCAUUUGUGAAAGAAUUGCCCUUCACGAUUCAAGUAGAGAAGAGGCAAACGUGAAAAGGACACAAGAAUGGGGAUUCCUGACGUUGAUCAGGCCAAAAGGCGAUUGCAAGACAUUCUAAGAAAGGCACAAAAGUUGGAGAUUCCAACGCAGGAAGUUAUUUCAACUAAGACGGCAAGGAAGCUUCUUACGAGGUCAAAGAAUGUAAUGGCAUGGACAAUUUGGAUAGGAAUCUUUGUACUUGCAUUGUCAGCGGUCGUUUAUGCACGUUGGCCAACACAGGAAGUUGAGACUGUCAGAACUGUCCUCAGGAGAACGUGUGGGAAUUCAGGUGAUAUUUCCGAGCGAGUAGCGGCCCUAAUGCAUCCAUCGUCAACGCAGGACGAAUGCUAGUCUUUAGAUAAGAUCCUUAGAGAUCUGCGCGCCUUCCAUGAAGAUCGAAAGAGAGAAAGAGAACAAGAACGAGAGAGUGACAUCAAAUGGAACGAAAGAAUUCAGAGAAAUUUUGAGCUCGACGCAUUUUUAGAUUACAACUAUUUCAUAAGUAAUCUUUUUCGUAAGCUUAAAUUAAGAGUAACACUUAAACUUAAUCCAAUGAUAAAACUUUCUUACUCACAAUAAAAUUAAGAGUGAGAGAAAGAGAAUGAAAAAUAAUGUUGUGUAAAUUACAUUUAAAAUAAUAAUAAGAAAAUAAAAAUGAUGCGUGUGUUUUUCGUAUUAAUUGCCGUCUUUCACUUUUCGAAAUAAUAUUUUCUAUCUAAAGACGUGAAAAAUUGCGGCAAAAUAUACUUGAAAUAUCACGAGAUAUUCUAGAAUGCUUACGAAUAGAGUAAAAUAUUCCAAAAUAUCUUGGAACAUAUAGAUAUUCCAUAAUAUCUUGGAAUAUAUAAAGAUAUUACCAUAAUAUUUUGGAAUAUAUUCUCUAAUAUCUCGGAUAAAAUCAAGAUACUACAUAAUAUCCUGAAAUAUAUAAAGAUAUUACAUAAUAUCCUGGAAUGUAUAAAGAUAUUACAUAAUAUUUUGGAAUAUAUUCUAUAAUAUCACAGAUAAAAUCAAAAUAUUCCAUAAUAUCUUGCAAUAUAUCAAGAUAUUACAUAUUAUCCUGGAAUGUAUAAAGAUAUUUUGGAAUAUAUUCUAUAUCACAAAUAAAAUCAAAAUAUUCCAUAAUAUCUUGGAAUAGUUUAAAAUAUCUUAAACUAUUUCAUAAUAUCUUGGAAUAUAAUAAAAUAUUCCAGAAUAUAUCAAGAUAUUCCAUAAUAUCUUCGAAAAUUUCAAAAUAUUUCAGAAUACCUUGGAAUAUAUAAAGAAAAUAUUUCAUAAUAUCUUGGAAUAGAUCAAAAUAUUCCAGAAUAUCUUAGAAUGUAUUAAGAUAUUGCAAAAGAACUUGGAAUAUAUAUAAAUAUUAAAUAAUAUCUUAAAAUAUUUGCUUCUGGAAUUCUUUUUUUUUGCAAAAUAUUUCAUAAUUUUAAAAAAUUUUUCCAAAUGUUCUGUAAAAAUUUCAGGAAUAUAAGAAUAUUACAGGGUAUACAAAAAAAACAUACCAAGAUAUUCUCACAUGAUACUGAAAUAUUAUUAUAGGAAUAUUUUGGUAUAUGACCAAGCAUUAAAAUUUAAUGCAAAAUGUACGGUAAACUUAUUUCAAAUACCAUAUAUAUAGAAUAUUAUAGAAUACAACAAGAUUUUCUUCAAUAUAAUAUAUUAAUGACUAUUACAAGAUAUUACAAAAUAAUCUCUCUCUAAGGUGCCAGGAUAUUAUAAAUAUAAAUUCCAAAAAUAGAUGAAAAAACUAUUUCAAAACAUAUAAACAACAUUUUGCAAAGUAUUUUGAUUUUAUCAUAAUAUUUUGUAAAAUUUGUUAAAUGUUAUAAAAAAAAUAUUUGAAUUAAAAAUUUUCAAUGUAUUUUAAAAAUAUUCCAAAACACUAACGACUACUUCUAAAAUAUAAUAAUACUAAUAAUAGUAAUACUAAUACUAAUAAUAAUAAUAAUAAUAAUAAUAAUAAUAAUAAUAAAAAUAAUGCUAACACAAUAAGUGAAUAUAAAGUAUGCCAAAAACAUGUUUUUUUUUUGUUUUUAAAAAAUAAGAAUUAAUUUUUUAAAAAAAUUGUAAAUAUUGCCCCUAAAAUAAAUUGUUAAUUUUUUUCAAAUUUGUCUCUUCACUAAAAUUACAUUAUUCCUUAAAUAUAGAUAAACAAUUUCUCUUACAAGAAAAUAAUGAAGAAAAAAAAAGCUACAAGUUCCGAUUACACAAUUGAUAAGAAACAAUGAGUUUGUUAUCGCGUAACAAUCAAAAUAGCAUGGAAUAAUUAAUUCAUGUUCCUGGAAUAUUUCAUUGGAACAUUAAGAAAUAAUCCUAAGGAAUAUUACAUUUUUCCACUACUUGUAAUGUUCCUUUGGAAUAUUGUAGGAAUAUUUCAUUAAGACAUAAGGAAUAUUUCUGAAGAAAUAUUACAUUAAAACAUUGGGAAUAUGCCAAAGGAAUAUUACAUUCAAACACUGGGAAUAUUGCGAAGGAAUAUUUCAUUGAAAUAUUGGGAAUUUUACGAAGGAAUUUUUCAUCAAAACAUUAAAAAUAUGAUUAAGGAAUAUUUCAGGACAAUUCCUAUAGAAUAUUCCAACAAUAUUCUUGUUAUUCCAUGAACUUUUCUUUUGGAAUAUUAUAUAUUUAUUUACAAUUUUACAAAAUAUUUUGCGUAAAGUAUAUAUACUUGUAAUAUUACAAAAAAAAUUAUGGAAUAUUUAAAGAGUAUCACUGCAAUAGUAUGUAAGAAUUAUCCUUAUUCCUCAGGAAUAUUUCUAAUAAUCCAAUGGAAUAUUCCUUACGUAUAUUUCAAUUGUUUUAUUAUAAUAUUCCUUAGGAAUAUUUAUAAUAUUCUAUUAAAAUGUUCCGAAUUCUGUAAUGGAAUAUUCCUAAUAUUCCAAUGGAAUAUUUCUAAUAUUUCAAUUGAAUAUUUCUAAUAUUCCAAUGGAAUAUUCCCAUUGUUGGACUGUAAUAUUCCUUAGCAUUUCCAAUAUUCCAAUGGCAUAUUCCUUAGGUAUAUUCGCAAUGUUCUAAUGCAAUGUUUUAAUGAAAUAUUCUCAAUAUUCCUUAGGUAUAUUUUCAUUGUUUUAUUGUAAUAUUCCUUAGAAAUAUUUCCUAUAUUCCAAUGUCAUAUUCCUUAGGUAUAUUUCCAAUAUUCUAAUGGAAUAUUUCAGAAAUAUUAAUAGAAUAUUCCAUGUUAUUUAUGAAGUACCGGCAUCCCGUCCAAAAUAUACACUCUCAUGGCGUACCAUUUUUCAAAAAAACUAACUUUUUUUUUAAAAAAAAAAAGUAUGCACAAAUGUUUAAUAAAAAAAAAAAAAAAAAAAUCGUAUACAACUGUAAUGGAAUGGGAAUACUGUACCGGAGUGUGUCAUCAAAGGGGGUAGGGUAGGAAUUACAUAAAACAAAUAAAAAAAAAAAAAAAGAAAAGGUAUUUUUUCCCCAUAAGAACCAUCGAAGCGAGAACCUUCGAGAUUGUGAAGCCAUUUGGUGAGUAAAGAAAUGCGUAUAUUAAAGAAUAAAACAUUUUCAAGAGAUAAUUUUGUACCAUUGCUCAAGUUGUGGAGAGAGAGAGAAGGGGGGGAGGGUGGGUUCUCUUCCUCUCAACGAUGGCGAUCUUUGCCCAUAAGAAUAGCAUAUAAAAUUUCAAGAUAGGCCGCGCAAAUAAGUAUCUUUAAGAGAUAAACCCGACUAAUGCUACACUCUUUCUUGAAAGAAUAAGGAAAAGAAGAAGAAGAAGAAGAAGAAGAAGAAGAAGAAGAAGAAGAAGAACAAAAAUAAUGUAAAAGCGAAACGAGAAUUCAGAAUCUCUUUUAAAAGAUAUGGAAAGACCAUUUUCUUCGAGAAAAUUUAUCAUAUAAUUCAUUAUUGUGAUUUUUCCAUUGAAAGGAAAAAAAGAAAAAAUUAUAAAUAUUUAGACAAAAGAAUAAAAUUUCACUGAAAUUUUUUGAAAUAUUUCUAAAUAUUCUAGGAAUAUUUCAAUGUUCCACUUUAUGGAAUAUUCAAUUGGAAUACUAAGGAAAUAUUUUAAUGUUACAUUUUAUGGAAUAUUCAAUUGGAAUAAUAAGAAGAAAUGUUAAUGUUCCAUUUUAUGGAAUAUUCAAUUGGAAUAUUAAGAAGAUAUUUUAAUGUACCAUUUUAUGGAAUAUUCAAUUGGAAUAUUAAGAACAUAUUUUAAUGUUCCACUUUAUGGAAUAUUUAAUUGGAAUAUUAAGAAGAUAUUUUAAUGUUCCACUUUAUGGAAUAUUCAAUUGGAAUAUUAAGAAAAUAUUUUAAUGUUCCACUUUAUGGAAUAUUCAAUUGGAAUAUUAAGAAAAUAUUUUAAUGUUCCAUUUUAUGGAAUAUUAAGGAAAUAUUUCAAUGUCCCAUGUAAAAUUAUUCCUGAGGAAUAUUUUUUACUUAUGGUACAAUCACACAAUUUCUAAGGAAUAUUUCUUUAAAAAUUAUAUUCCCAAAAUAUUUCAAUGCGAUACUCCUACAAUAUUCCAAGAGAAUAUUUUUUUAUACCUAGAAAACAUUUUAAUAUUCUUGAAAUAUUCUUUUUUGGUGAAAAUUUCUAAUGUUGCAAUUGGAAUAUUCAUUAAUUAUAGAUAAAAAAUAUUACAGAAAUUUUUGCCGAAAUAUGAUAGGAAUAUAAAAUCAAAGCAAAAAAAAAAAAAAAAAAAAAUAAAAUAAAAUUUCC